AGUGUGUGCGUAGAGAGGCGGGGGGGGGGAAGGAAACCCUCAUGGAAGUAUGAAGGAGAUGGUGGGAGGCUGCUGUGUCUGUUCUGAUGAGCGGGGCUGGGCGGAGAACCCGCUGGUGUACUGCGACGGGCACGGCUGCAAUGUGGCGGUGCACCAAGCUUGCUAUGGAAUUGUGCAGGUUCCUACCGGGCCCUGGUUCUGUCGGAAAUGUGAAUCUCAAGAAAGAGCCGCCCGGGUGAGAUGCGAACUGUGUCCCCACAAAGAUGGAGCCCUGAAACGGACGGACAACGGAGGCUGGGCACACGUCGUCUGCGCGUUGUACAUCCCAGAGGUGCAGUUUGCCAACGUGCUCACCAUGGAGCCCAUCGUCCUGCAGUACGUACCCCACGACCGCUUCAACAAGACCUGCUACAUCUGUGAAGAGCAGGGCCGGGAGAGCAAAGCAGCCUCGGGAGCCUGCAUGGCCUGUAACCGGCACGGCUGCCGACAGGCUUUCCACGUCACCUGUGCCCAGAUGGCCGGUCUCUUGUGUGAAGAGGAAGUCCUAGAAGUCGACAAUGUCAAAUAUUGUGGCUACUGCAAGUACCACUUCAAUAAAAUGAAGACCUCGCGUCACUCUGGAGGUGGCUCCUUCAUCGCUGGAAGGAGGAGUCGAUCCACGUCCCCUGCUCAGGAGAAGCAUGUGUCCCACCACGAGAGGCCAAAGAAGAGUCGGAAGGACAAGGAAAGACCUAAACAGAAGCACAAAAAGCGGCCGGAGUCUCCCACCAGCCUUACCCCAUCCUCAGUGCCCGUCGCUGCUGCAGAGAAGGGCUCCACCAGCCACCAUGAGGGGAGCAAAGAGACCUCGGAGGUCGCCAGAUCGGACGUGAAAGGCAAGAAAUCCUCGAGCCAUGGGAGCAGCCACAAGGGAAAGAAGACGGGGAGUGGGAAGAGCUCAGUUGGCUUCAGCUCAGCUUCAUCCAGCGGGACCUUCCAGCCUGCAGGUACCUCCUGCAGCAGCUUGCAGUGCUCCCAGGACUUCGUGACGUUCCCCAAGCUCGAGCAGGACGACGAGAAGUACCGCAAGCCCGUCUCCUCCUCCUCUUCCUCCCACUGCUCCCCUCUGUAUGAAGGCCAGAAGGGGGACGUCUUUGAGCAGAAGGUGAUCUUCUCGGGCUUUGGCUCCAUCAUGCGCUUCUCCACGUCGGCCGUGAGCCAGCAGAGAGCCCGCGAUGCUUCCCCCGUGGACUAUAAAGCCUCGAACCCCGUGGGUGGCCCUUCGGUGGGGACCGGCGGGACCGGCGGGAGCAGCAGCAGCCACAAGCGCAUGCCGUCCCUCAGCAUGGAGGAGGGAGAGGUGCUCAAGGAAAAGAAGCACAAAGGCAGCAAGAAGAACAAGCACGGGCCCGGCAGGCCAAAAGGGGGGAAAAGCAAAGAGAUUUUGGGUGCCCAGCUGGCUGGGUCCACAUCUACAUCCUCGUCACCCUUCUCCGGGGGGUCUCUUGUCAGCUCCAGCGUCGGUGGCUCCUCACGGUCCUUCAGCCACCCGGGGAACCUGCCCAGCCUGAGCAUGGAGUCCCCGCUGCUGGGCUCAGGGAUCUACACCAGUAACAAGGACCCUAUUUCCCACGGGGGCGGAGUGCUCCGUGCUGUCUGCAGUACCCCCCUCUCCUCCAGCCUCCUGGCACACCAGGCUACGGCGUCUCUCCCGCAGCUCAGCCGCUCGCCCUUCGCCAGCACCAUCCCGGCUUCCUCCUCCUCGGUCUCCACCACGCAGGUGUUCUCACUGGCAGGCUCAACAUUUAGCCUCCCUUCCUCCCAUAUUUUUGGAAACCCCCUCGCAUCUGGGCUAUCAAUCAACCCGCUCCUAAAUCAGUCGGAAAGCAGCCGGGCAGAGCCCGACCUGGAAGACUGCAGCUUCGGGUGCCGAGGGACGUCGCCCCAGGAGAGUCUCUCUUCCAUGUCCCCCAUCAGCAGCCUGCCGACCCUCUUCGACCAGACCGUGUCCUGUAGCAGCAGCGGGCAGCUGGAGAAUGUCCCCCAGGCCACCCCGAACAUCGAGCAGCUCCUGGAGAAACAGGGCAAUGGGGAAGCUGGUGUAAACAUUGUCGAGAUGCUCAAAGCCCUGCACUCGCUGCAGAAGGAGAACCAGCGGCUCCAGGAGCAGAUCAUGACACUCACGGCCAAGAAGGAGCGUCUGCAGCUCCUCAACGUCCAGCUCUCCGUCCCUUUCCCCGUAGUGACCAGCAGCAACGGCCCAGGCAGCCAAGCCCAGUACAUCCUGCCUGCCAGCGUCUGCAACAACGACUCACUGAGCAUCAGCAAGAGCCCCCCAUGCAAGAACAGCUUUGGGAUGGAGAACUCGCUCUCCACCUCCUCUGAGGACCCUCAUUCAGGUUGCCCCAGCAGGAGCAGCUCUUCCCUGUCCUUCCACAGCACCCCUCCGCCCCUGCCCAUGCUGCAGCAGAGUCCUGCCUCGCUACCCCUGCCCGGGGUGCAGCAGGUGAAUGGCCUGGCCAGGGUGGCGGGCAGCGGGCUGGGGGGUGGCAGCAGUGCCGGCCACAGCCUCUCCACGGUGCCCAUGGUGGACGGCCUGAUGGGGAGCCUGGCAGGAGGUCAGCAGAUGCCCAUCAACGGGAUCCUGGGGAGCCUGAACGGAGCUCAGGCCGCCCAGCCUCCGACGCAGGCGAGCGGGCCGCCGACCUUGCAGCUCUCCACCAGCCUGAGCAGCGGCCCCAGCCUGAGUCCCCUGACCGAGCAGCAGCGGCACGUCCUGCACCAGCACGAGCAGCAGCUCCAGCAGCUCCAGCAGCUCCUGACUUCCCAGCCGCUUAAUCCGGAGCAGCAGGCCCUGGUGUUCCAGAUGAUGCAGCAGAUCCAGCAGAAGCGGGAGCUGCAGCGCCUGCAGAUGGGCGGCUCGUCCCAGCUCUCCAUGAGCAGCCUCCUGUCCGCCACCUCCGCCCCCCUGCACUCCAGCCCCAGCGCCCUGAUGACCUCGGCCCCCCAGCCGCCCCCCGGCAGCGGCUCCUCCCUCCUGGCCUCCCUGUCCCCCCAGCAGCUCCUGGCCCCCCAGGCCACCCCGCCGCUCAGCGCUCCCGCCAACAGCCUCCUGGCUUCGGGGACGGGCAUCCCGCCCGUCCUCACGGCGCAGACCAACCCGUUCCUCAGCCUGCCGGCCGAUGGCAACGCCGCCAAAGGAACGAGCAUGAAUGACAAGGGAGCUCCUCUUACGCAGGACAAGGGCUAAGCUCCCCCCUCGCCCCCAACAAACCAGCAGCCGACUCGUCUCAGCCGGGGGAACGUGGUUUAUCCACAGUCGACUUUGAUACUGGUAGAGCAAUGAGCACAAGGCUUCCAAGAAGCGUUUCUCGCCGCUGGGCGAUGCCAAGAGGUGCUUUGGAAGACGACACGUCUCUGCCGCCCCGGUUGUGCCACGUGUGCUCCGAGAGGAGCUGUUUCCACGCAGAGCGGAGGAGUCAGUAAUGCCAGAUCCUGCCGGGCUGCUCCCGGCGUCCACCAGCGUGUAAACCCCGGACCAAGGCACUGGGGACCAUCGAGCAUCCUCGGGCGAGACCGCGGUGGAUCCAGUGGAGGCAGCGCUGGAUGGGACACGGUUGGGGACGUGGUGGCAGCGCCGACGUUGCGCCAGCACCGAUGCGCUCUGCUUCGCCCAGACGAGGAGGUUAAUAAGUCCUGUAGCUGAGGUUUCUCACCUCUUAGGAUGCUCUUCUCUCCCUCGCCAUCACCCAAAGCCCUGACACCUCAGCUGGGUCCAGCCCCAGCCUGAGCGAUGGGUCAGGAGGGGCGCCUGGGGACAAGGUGACAGCCACCGCAAACGACACGGCCACGUCUGCUCUGUACGUCUCACUGAAAAGCACACGGCUGCUCCUCACGCCGACGUUCCCACAGGCUCAAACCGAAAGGGCUGUAGCCAGUAUCACCCCUCUCGUAGCCAUUCCCAAGGUGCGUUUGAGCCCGGCCUGAGCUGGGAGAUAAAACCGUGCGUGGGGAGCAGCGAGUCCCAAAUCUGGUCCCUGUGCGUUCUCAGCCACCGCAACUCAGUGCGGCACAACCCGCGUUCUUCCACCCGCAAACGGGAUCUCGAGCAAUGGGACAGCGACCGGUCCCCUGAGCUGGGACAUCGGACCCUUCUUUGAUUUUCCACCUUUUGACCUUAAUUCCAGCGCUCAGCCUGGAACCUCAGCCAAGAAAUUCCUCCCAGCUGGGACGCGAUGGACGGACGGAUGGAUGGACGGACAGACGGACAGGUGGGGCGGCUCUGGGGGAAGGGGAACAGCUACGUCAAACGUACGAAUCCCCCUUUUUUAACUUGGACCUUAAUGGAUCGUUUUCAGCACAUUCCCGCUGCCUCCAACUAGUUUGCACUAUUCAGAUUUGUCAGCAGUGGGGCUGUGCUGAUAGUACUAGGAGAGCUUGUUAUAGGCAAAACUCAUCUGCUAAACAUCUUUCUUCCUUUUUAUUUUAUUUGGUUUUCGUUUUGUUUCGUUGGAACAUUUGUCACCACAGUGGUUGAAUAAGGCUCAAAGGAGAGAAAAUAACUCUCUACUCUCAGCCUCCAGUUCUGUGAACUGGGCAGAACGCUGCUGUCUGCUCAGAAAUAUAUAUAUUAUAUAUAUAUAUAAUUUUUUUUUAUAAAGAAAAGCUAAUGUUUUAACAAGGUUAAGAAGCUAUUGCAAAGGUGGAGAUGGCAGCUACAAGUGGAAAUGCAGGAUAAGCGAAUCCAGCCUCCCUUCCUCGCUCAGACCUCGAGAGGAGCCGCAACCAGGUGACACGUCCCUGUCCCCAAUUUGCGUCGUCACCUGUUGAGUGUCACCAGCACGGCCAUCAGCCCCGUGUGUGACCGCCAGGGCCCGACGUUGUGCUCAGACCUGCUCAAAUUCUUCCAAAAUUCAACCCCAUUUCAAACCCUGCAAUGAGAACGCAGCCGGUCCCGGGGAGGGGGCUGCUGAGCGUCAAUCCCGACACGCGGAGGCUCCCAGGACAGACAGAAUUCCUUGUUCCGGCCUCUAGUUUGGUGCCCAAAUCCUUGAGUACCAACGUGACACUUGCAGGAGCCUGAGACCCAUUGUAUGGGGAAAAUGUCGGUAUUUGGGAGCUCAAGUGUUGGAAGAGGUUGGAAAUUAAGGGUUGGAUUCAAGCAAGGCAGAAAGCGGGAGCAGCAUCCCCAGUCCCCCCAGCUCCAUGCUGGCCGUGCCACUGGUUUAUACUGGUGGCACUGGUUGGAGGAUGGAGCCUUUGGGGUCUCCAGAGCGGGGCGGGACGGGGCUGGAGAGGAUGAGAAAUGGGGCAAAGAGGCAUUAUAGCACUUACACAUCUCUCCGACAUCUUCCAAAGGUCCCUUUGAAGCGCCGCCCCUUGUCCCAUCAACCUGUCCCAGAGCCACAGAUUGAGGGGAGCAGAAGUGGGAGGGGGGGGCGACAUUAAACGUUUGUAUCUCUGUGAAAAAGAGGGAGAGCAGGGGCAAGAAGACUAAAAAGCUAAAGAUUAUCUGUGUUUCAGUUGCACUGGGGUACGUUUCUUUACCCGUUUUGAUGCCGAUGUCUCAUUUAGUAUGUUGCAUGUGUCUUUUUUUGUCUCGACCUGGGUUUUUUUUUUUUUUAUUAUUAAAUAAAAGAGAAAAAUGUGUAUAUUUUUGGCAAUUUAAGGUAAUGUAGCUAAGAUAUAUUUUUUUCACGCUGCUUGACUGUUCUUUAUUAUAAUAAAUAAUAUUAAUAUUGA